ACGAGCGUGUGUUAAUAUUGUCUUUCUUCUCCUCUUUCUCCCUUUCUCCCUUCCCCCCCGUCCUGCUAAGAGGGAGGGGAGAGAGAGUACUGACUGAUCUUUCGUUCUGUAAGAGUCUUCAUGUCCCGAUAAUUCUGUGAUGUCUGUUGGUUUUCUUUGAUUGUCUUUUCAAUUCACACAUGUUAUCAUCAUUGCAUUUAUUCCUGGUAAUUAUUAUUUAGAUCACAAUUAUUAUAAAGAAAUUGUGUUUGAUUUCGUGCAACACUAAUCACUCCCAUUAUAUUACAAGGGAUCCCAUCUAUUCAUUCACUAAUAUUCCAUUUAGCAGUAUCAUUGUGGUCCAUUUGACGCAUUAUCAGUAUCAAUUGUCUAUAACUCUCCCUCCUUCUCUCUUCCCUUUCUAUUGAUUAUGGCUGCACAGUCUUCAGCGACACUUCAGCAACAAGUAUCAUCGUCUCUCUCCUCCUCCUUAACAUCCUCGCCAUAUGCACCCUCUUCGCAUCAUCUUGAACACACUCUCUUAACCACUCCUCCUCCAUCGUCCAGUGGUCCUCCUGGGGGUAUCCCUACGCUUGAGUCUAGCAUAUACUCACUGACACCAGAUCUAGCGUCCCUCCCGACUCCUGGUACAGAUAUUGAGUCUACCGGAGCCAGUCAGAAGAUCACACUACUCACAAGGAGUCACCCUGCCAAUCCCGGCCCUCCUCAGCCCGCUCUUUCGUCCUCACCUCUGGGGAGUCAUUUUGAUAAUAAUGUACUAUCACGUAUGCUAUUGCCAUCAGCUGACACUAGUCCUCUUACCAGACAACAGCAAAGAGAUUAUUACUUUGAUACGGAGGACCCUUCUGUGAACCUUCAUGACUUCAUUAUUAAUUCAUUACAAGCCCCCAAGAAUCGUGUUAUUCUGUUGCAAUUAGAGGAUGAAUUCCUCAAGUAUGUCUCUGACCCUAAAAGGACUGAGCCACUGAAGCUGCCAUCAUGGGAUUCUUAUCAUCGCAUGUUAGCUCAUCGUGUCGCUGCCUACUUUGGUUUAGAACACAACGUUGACCCACAGGAUAAAACUAGAGUAGUUGUAUUAAAAGGACCUUCAACACGAUUGCCACAGCAGCGUUUCUCUGAUCACAUUCCUGCAGCUGUCUAUGAAGAGUCUGACAAUAUUUCUGAGCCAAAAUUAAUAUUGAAAAGAAUAAGAGCUAGCAGUGGGUCUGAAAAGUUUGAUGGUCUUUCAAACAAUGCUGCUGCAGAGAUAAAGACAUUUGAAGAGAGAGAGGAGGAAUAUGAGAAGGCAAGAGCAAGGAUAUUUAGUCAAUCUUCAUCUCAACUUCAUGAAAGCGACACUACUUCUAUACCAUUUGAUCUCUUCAGCACCUCUCCUUUCUCACAAAGUCACAGCACACUUCGUACUCCGUUACAUCAUCGACGUACAUUCAGUGACACGGCUUUCAUUAAUAAACUAUUCUCUCAAAAGGAGAACAAGCCCGGUCCCUCCAGCAGUGGUAACAGCCCCAGUAGCACUCCUGCCUUCUUUCCUCCUUCCCCUCCCUCCCUCUCUGCCUCCUCUUCCAGUAAUGUUAUCAAUCAAUCUUCAACCACUCCUGAUGUGGAGACUCAGCUAGCUUCAAGACAGCAUCAGAAGAGAGUCGUAGCCAGCAGACCUCAACCCCCAACCUUCAUGCCAUUGAAUUCAAUGCAAGGAGGACCACUCCCCACAGCUACCAUACCUAUAAUGUACCAUCCUCAAGCAGUCAUUGAUCCUAGCUGGUAUUAUAAUCAUAUGGUUCUAUAUCCAGUUGCUGCUCCUGCUGCUCCUGGUCCGCCCCCUCCCCCACAAGCUGCCGGGUAUCCAAUGCCUCAUGUUGUACAGUCCCCAGUCCUUCCUCAUUACUCAUUGCCAGGACAGCACCCUGGUGUUCCUGGCGUUGGCCCUCGUAUCGGUGCUGUUGGUAUACGUGUACCCUCUCCCUCGGGGAUAUCUGAUCAUUUAGGAUCACCUACUCAUCCUGGAGGCAUUAUCUAUAGACCACUCCCACAGCAGGCUCCUGGAGUUCAAUUGAAAUCGGAGGAAUAUUCUAAUGCUGGCCCACUAUGGAGUCCUCAGGGUAUCCCUGUCUAUCAGACACCUCAUCUUCCUCCUUCCUCCUCCUCUCAGUUCCCCCUCCCUCCCCCUGCUAACAUUAUAGGCCCUGGACAGUUAACGGAGCAAAUGGAAAAGGGAAUGUCAUUGUCAGAUGGAGUGGAUAUGAAUGAUUCUUCUGGUGAUAAGGUCCCUCCAAUAGGCCAACAGAGACAGCCACUCUACAUGCAUACUCCCAGUCACGUCUAUGGCAGAGGUGGAGGGGCUCAGCAGAUGUAUGGGUAUCCUGGUAUGGAUCCUCUUGUUAUUAGUCCAACUGCACUAGUCCCACCAACUCAAUCUCAGUUCCAUCCACUACACGGGCAUAGUGACACAAUCCCUUCUAGACAGCAUCAUCCUUCCUUCCCUCCAACUAACCUCUCUAUUCAUGGAGGUGACAGUGGGUCCCCUACACUGCCUCCUGGCAUUACUGCACAGUUCCAGCCACCAAUGCAAAGCCCAGUGCAGAUUCUUGGACACACUCUUAGCACUAGUAUAUUCUCACCUCCGCCCUCAGCUGGCCCUUCUGGCCUGUUUAUGACUCCUCCUGGAUCCACUGCUAGUGUUAUACCUGGUGGGGCAGGUGGUAAGCCUAAUUCCCCUGGUCAUUCAGCAGUGGUUGGCUCUGGUGCUAUGAGAUUCACACCUAAAGGAGGUGCAAGGCCGCCCGAGCUCCCAAUACAAGCCCAACCAACUAGCAUUGAGACGAGUAAAUCAAAUGAUGUGACUGGUGUUCCUCCUGGUAUAUUAUCACAGCAGCAGCCAUUACCGCCAAGACUGGCUCAGAGAGGAGGAGGUGGGACUCGUUAUCAGAACCAGCGUCAUCCUAGUAAUAGAGCUAACAUGAAAGGAGGUCCUGCAGAUUCUCCGUCAGUUCAGUAUCAUCACGGCCAGUAUGCAGUGCCUAAUAACACUCAUCAUCAUCACAAUCCUUAUUCUACUGGUGCCCCUAGGAAGGAACCAUUGUUACCCACGCCAAGUGAAAUGAUUAAACUAGAUACUGGGAUUACAGCUGGAGUGCCUGUCCACAUUAUGGAAGUUCUUAAUCCUUUUCCAGAAGAUUCAUCAGAGAACCAGCAGUUGAUAUCACGACUACAAGAGCAUGGUGCAUUGGAAUUCAAACGUAGUUGGAUGAAUCGUAAUACAGAAGUGAUGAUUGCCAUAUUUGACAGCAGUGAUUCUGCACUGCAGGCUCUCAAACAAUGUGUAUUGCCUUCUCCGGCAAAGCUCUCAAUCCCUCUACCUACUCAUGCGAAGCAUAUUUUACAGCUAUUGAUAAAAUUUUAAAUGUGCAUUUUUGCUGUUUAUAAGUACAAUUUCUUUUUCGUUUUAAUCAUUAUUAUUAUUUUUCUAUAAUUAUGCAACACAACAUGAUAUUGUUAUUAUUAUGACGCAUGCAUGCUGAUUCUUGUUAAACCACAAUCCUUUUUUACACAGACACUAAUUCUCACAUGUAGACACUAUCUCUUUUUUUCCAUUUCACUAUCCAUAAUCAUGCUUUUCAUUACCAAUAA